GAUGGCUGCGGCCAGGGGAGGGAAGCUGGCGUUCUAUGGCUGCCGACGGUCACUCCAGACAGCGGCGCGGGUCGCCGCUACGACUCCCGAAAGCGGCGGCUCCGUCGUCGCGGCAGCUUCCACCGUGCGCUAUCCGCCCAUCGUGGCCUCCCUCACCGCCAAAAGCCAGGCGGCGCGGCGGCGGCGAGUGGAGCGAUGGCAGGCGACCGUGCACGCGGCCCAGUCGGUGGACGAGAAGCUGCGGAUCUUGACCAAGAUGCAGUUCAAGAAGUACGUGGUGUACCCGCAGACCUUCGCCCUCAACGCCGACCGCUGGUACCAGGGCUUCACCAAGACCGCCUACCUGUCGGGCUUGCCCCCGCCGGCCCCGCCCGAGCUGCCGGCCUCCCUGGACCUGGACGCCCUGCGCUCCGCCGCCUGCGACUGCCUGCUGCAGGAGCACUUCUUCGUGAGGCGCCGGCGGCCCGUGCCCGCCUACCGCGAGCGCCAGACCCUCGCCUCGCCCUUCCUGCAGCAGCUGGUGACCACGCUCACCGGGCUGCUCAGCCCGCACAACCCCUGCCUGGCCUCCGCGGCCCUCGAUUGUAAACGUCCAGUUCAUUUUUACUGGUUGCGGGGUGAAGAAAUUAUUCCUGCUGGUCACCGGAAAGGGAGAGUUGAUGCUUUGCGGUACCAAAUAAAUGAUAAGCCACACAAUCAGAUUCGAAUAUCCAGACAACUGCCAGAGUUUGUGCCACUGGAUUAUUCUCCUCCUUUAGAAAUCCCUGUUAUGAAUUGUAAACCAGACAAACUUCCAUUAUUCAAGCGACAGUAUGAAAAUACCAUAUUUACUGGUUCAAAAACUGCAGACUCAUACUGCUAUGGUCAUACCCAGUUUCAUCUAUUAAGUAACACAUUAGAAAGGGAACGGCUUAUCAAAAGAAACUGUGCUGAUCAAAUAGAGGCUGGUUAUAGAGCAAAUGCCAUUGCAAGUCUUUUUGCCUGGACUGGAGCACAAGCUAUGUAUCAAGGUUUCUGGAGUGAAGCAGAUGUUACUCGACCUUUUGUUUCCCAAUGUGUGAUCACAGAUGGAAAAUACUUUGCCUUUUUCUGCUACCAGUUAAAUACUUUGGCACUAACUACACAAGCUGAUCAAAAUAACCCUCGUAAAAAUAUAUGUUGGGGCACACACAGUAAGCCUCUUUAUGAAACUAUUGAAGAUAAUGAUGUGAAAGGUUUUAAUGAUGAGGUUCUCCUUGACAUAGUUCACUUUCUGUUGAAUAGACCGAAAGAAGAUAAAUCUCAGCUGUUGGAAAACUAAGAAUAAACAUUUGCUGCUGUACUAUGGGUUUACUUUUAACUUUCACUGAAUAGCAAUAAAAACUAUUUUGAUCAUAAGA